ACUUCAUCCCUAUAUUCCUAGGUCCAUAGUUUUUCCGAAGUCGUUGAUACUCCAUCUCAACGACUUUCAACGUAAUUUUUUCGUAUUACGCGUAACAUUUUUGAUUUUAUUCAAUUUAAAUAAAUAUAUAUGUACGAUAGAAAGGUGAUCUUUAUGUUGUCAAUUUGCAAACAACGAACAUUCAAAUGGUGUCGGGUACAGUGCAAGUAACCAACAUUUUUUCGAAGAUGCUGCUAUAUUUUCAAAUUGCAUAAUGCGAGAGAUCGCGUUCGAAAUAAAUGUCAAUUUUUUUCAAACAAAGAUUAAGAAUUUUUUUCGAUUAUCGUGCGUAAUUCAAAAGAUGUACUGAACCAUUUUAAGUUUUCCGCGAGUCGUUCAUUGGUUUUGAUGACCGUUGUGAUUUUUCCGAAUGGCGCAUGCACGGCUCAGCUGUGUGCAAUCGCGACCAAUGUACGUAGAAAAAUAAUGUAUUUUAUAGUAUUUUUAUUCAAUUAGACGGAGUACUGGAUAAGGUGUUCGUGAUAUUAGGAAACAUGGAUUGCCCAUCCAGUAUUGCAACAGUGCAUAAAUUGUAUCCAUAUUGCAUGUAGCCUUUCAUUUUGCAUUGUUUUUGAUGCACCAAAAAGGAUAUUACGUUUUUGAGAAAAGCUAUUCUUAGCGUUUAAUAGAAAAAAUGGAUGGAGUACGUGAUGAAGACAGGCGCAGGCGCCUGAGGGUAUUGGAAGAACGUAUAAGAGAUCCAAGAAGCAUUACAAAUAUUGAUUGCCUUUUGGAUACAGUUCAAGCCCUGGUGGCAGAUUGUGAUCAUCCCAGUGUAAAGCGUAUGAAAAAUAUAGAAGCAUAUAUGAACAGAUAUGAUUCGGUGGCUCAGGAUAUUUGUAAAAUGCGAAUGCGUACAGAUGACUUCACUUUAAUAAAAGUGAUAGGUCGGGGAGCAUUUGGAGAAGUACAGUUGGUACGACAUAAAUCCACACAGAAAGUAUAUGCUAUGAAAUUACUGAGUAAAUUUGAAAUGAUUAAGCGAUCAGAUUCAGCCUUUUUUUGGGAAGAACGUGAUAUAAUGGCACAUGCUAAUUCCCAGUGGAUUGUUCAACUUCAUUUUGCGUUUCAAGAUCAAAAAUAUCUUUAUAUGGUGAUGGACUAUAUGCCGGGUGGUGAUUUAGUAAACUUAAUGUCAAACUAUGAUGUGCCAGAGAAAUGGGCAAAAUUUUAUUGUGCAGAAGUGGUGCUCGCAUUAGAUGCAAUACACCUUAUGGGGUUUGUCCAUCGAGAUGUAAAGCCAGAUAACAUGUUACUAGAUAAACAUGGUCAUUUAAAGCUUGCAGAUUUCGGCACUUGCAUGAGAAUGGAUGUUGAUGGACUUGUUCGAUCUGAUACUGCAGUAGGUACACCUGAUUAUAUAUCACCUGAAGUGCUCCAAUCCCAGGGUGGUGAAGGUGUAUAUGGAAGAGAGUGUGAUUGGUGGUCAGUAGGAGUGUUCUUGUACGAAAUGCUUGUUGGUGACACACCUUUUUAUGCAGAUUCAUUAGUUGGAACAUACUCAAAAAUUAUGGAUCAUAGAAAUUCAUUACACUUUCCUCCAGAAGUUGAUAUAUCUCAUUCGGCUAAGAACUUAAUAUGUGGUUUUCUUACUGAUAGAACAAAACGUUUAGGAAGAAAUGGCGUAGAAGAAAUAAAAAAUCAUCCGUUCUUUAAAAAUGAUCAAUGGACAUUUGAUAAUUUGCGGGAGUGCGUGCCACCAGUGGUACCAGAACUUUCUGGGGACGACGACACUAGUAACUUUGAUGACGUUGAUAAAGAAGAUGGACCAGAGGAAAGUUUUCCGGUUCCGAAAGCGUUUUCUGGAAAUCAUUUGCCUUUCAUUGGCUUCACGUAUUCUGGAGAUUAUCAGUUAAUGGCUUCUAGCGGUAAAGAAUCGGUAGAUGGAUUAGAAAAUCAUAUCAAUAAUGGUACGAGCGAUGAUGUUAAAAUUUCACAGUUAGAAAAUUUAUUGGAUAAAGAGAGAAGACAAGUAGAAUCCUUGGAAUCACGACAGAAAGCUUUGACAACGCAGUUAGAAGCUAUGACGCGUCGAGAAACUGAAUUACGUGAAGAAAUAGGCAGAGUAGAUAAGGAAUUGACUUUGUUAAGACACAAUUAUAAAGAAGCGCAACGCAGGGUAGAACAUGAAACAGAAACUCGUAGAAAAGCGGAGUCGUUAUUUGUAGAAUUGAAAAAGAAAUUCGAUGAAGAGCAGACAAAAAGAGCGCGCGAUGCGAGUAAUUCGCAGCAAACUUCUGAACGCGUUACAACGUUAGAAAAACAGAUUAAGGAGAUGCAAUCAAAAUUGGAAAGGGAAACUGAAACUGUAACAAGGUUGCGGAAACAAGCUACAGAGAUUACCGUCGUUCGUCAGGCAGCAGAGCAAAUGGCAAGUGAGUUACAAGUGGCAAGAGCUCAAUUGCAGGCACAACGAGAUAAUUUACAACAAGAAGUGGCUACAUUACAAGGACAACUAUCGAAAGAACGCAGUUCUCGAUCGCAAGCAUCAUCAUUAACUGCCGAAUUAGAAACUCGCCUUUCUGCUCUUCAUCUCGAACUCGAACAUAGCCGCGAAAAAGAGGAAAAAGCACUUUUGGAUAACAGGCAAUUAACAGAAAGAAUUUCGGCAUUAGAAAAAGAAGCUGCUAGUCUGACUCUUGAAUUGAAAGCCGCGCAAGCGAGGUACAAUCAAGAAGUAGUCGCUCAUCAAGAAACGGAACGUUCACGCAUAUUAUCCAAAGAAGAAGCUAAUCUAGAGGUUGUUAAAGCAUUACAAGCAAAACUAAACGAAGAGAAAAGUGGAAGGCAACGCGCUGAACUUCUUGCACAAGAAAAGGAAAGGCAAACUUCUAUGCUUUCUGUGGAUUACCGACAAAUACAGCAACGAUUACAGAAAUUGGAGGGUGAACAUAGGCAGGAAGUUGAAAAGGUAAAGGUGCUACAGGGUCAGGUUGAACAGGAACAGCAGAAAAGAAACGUUCUGCAGACGGAUUUAGCACAGCAGUCAUCCGAAGCAGGGCGAUUACGUGCUAGAGAACAACAGUUAGUUGGUGAAGUUGCCCAGUUACGAGAAGCAAAACGACAGAUAGAAGAAGAAUUACAUCAUUUGAAAACGCAGAGAAACGUGGAUCAAUUACAGACAAAGGAAUUACAAGAACAGUUAGAAGCAGAAGCUUACUUUUCGACUCUUUACAAAACACAGACACAAGAACUUCGAGAAGAAUUGGACGAGAAAAUACGGUUACAACAAGAAUUGGAAGAAGAACGCGCUUCCUUAGUACAUCAGUUACAAUUAUCUUUAGCUAGAGGAGAUAGUGAAGCUUUAGCAAGAUCAAUAGCUGAAGAAACAGUGGCAGAUCUUGAGAAGGAACGAACAAUGAAAGAAUUAGAGUACAAAGAUGGUGUGGCUAAACAUCAUCAAGAAUUAAAUUCAAAAGAACAAAUUAUAAACCGACUUAAAGAUAACGAAAGUGAACUUAAGAAAAGUGUUGACCAGUAUCUUAAAGAGAAAGAUGAUUUUAGUAAACGAUUGAAAGAAUUACAAGAUCAACUUACUAAAGCACAAUCUAAUGCAGAGGAAAUAGAAAAGCUUAGUAGUAAAUUAAAAACUGAACAGUUACUGAAGCAACAAGCGGUUAAUAAGUUAGCAGAGAUUAUGAAUAGGAAAGAUUUAUCUUCAAGUGGCAAGACCAAGAACAAAGCAUCUGCGGCAGAUCUAAGAAAGAAGGAGAAAGAUUGUAGACGUUUGCAACAAGAACUUACUCAAGAGAGAGAAAAGUAUGGACAGUUGGCAGCUAAGUGGCAAAAGGACUUGCAAGAUUUACAAGCACAACUAGUGGAGGAGAAUCAAACAAAAUUAAGAUUACAAAUGGAACUUGAUUCAAAGGAUUCAGAGAUAGAAACAUUACAAAUGAAAAUCGCCUCACUUAACUCGGAAACAGCUAGCGUUUCUUCGGUAGAAAAUGACGGAGAAGAUUCCGUUUUAUCAGAGCAUGGUACCAUGAGAUUGGAAGGUUGGUUAAAUGUGCCAAACAAACAGAACAUUAAAAGGCACGGAUGGAAGAAACAAUACGUCGUCGUUUCUUCGAAGAAGAUAAUAUUUUAUAAUAGCGAAAACGAUAAAAUAAAUGCGGAUCCAGUCUUGAUACUAGAUCUAAAUAAAGUCUUCCACGUUAGAUCUGUGACUCAGGGUGACGUUAUCCGAGCUGAUGCCAAAGAUAUUCCGAGAAUUUUCCAGUUAUUGUACGCUGGUGAAGGCGAAGCAAGACGUCCUGGCGAUGAGGGAAAUACACUGCCUGGAGUGGAAUUGCCACAACUUGCAGAUAAACCAGGCACACAAUCAUUAAAGGGCCACGAGUUUGUGUCAAUCUCGUAUCAUAUGCCGACUACUUGCGAGGUAUGCUCCAAACAAUUGUGGCACAUGUUUCGACCGCCACCGGCUCUCGAGUGUCGAAGGUGUCAUAUAAAGGUACACAAGGAGCAUUUGGAUAAGAAAGAGGAUGCCAUAGCACCGUGCAAAUUACAUUACGAUCCAAACAGUGCCCGUGAACUAUUAAUAUUGGCUGGUAGUCCUGAUGAACAGAAAUAUUGGGUCGCAAGACUGUCGAGGCGUGUACAAAAAUGUGGCUACAAGGCGAAUUCGCAUGUCGACGGCACGGGGCAGCGUGUCUCGCCAAGGGAAUCUACGAGAUCCACCUUGAAGCCAUAUUUAUCGGUGCAACAACGAUCCGCGACCCUGCCAGCGAACGCCAGCAUGGGCAAGUGACCAUAGCUAGCGUCGACAAUACUUGAUUGGAACUCGUUGCUUCGACGUCCUUCCUAAUCGAUCGAUUAAGCGAAUAAAUUCGAUCAGUUGCUUUCCUCGUUGGGGAUACAAACGCGCGGACAGACAGACGUUCCCCGGUAUCACCGGCGUUACCAGUAAACCGGUAAACCCGGGGGAGUUCAGGCGUUUCACAAGUAUCCAAUUAGAGUACCCGAAUGCAUCGUUACCAACUUCCGGACAAAUGGAAGAAAAUUCUGGUAAACGGGGGACAUUUUAACCCGUGUCGCCCGUCGAUCGCAAGUUGCUCGUUAACCGUAAUUCAGCAGCGUCUUCGAUAUUUGUACAGACGACGAAGAAAAGAGGGUUGAACAAUACGGAGAGACGUUAAUGAAACAAGGCUGAACGGUGUUUCUCAAAUGCCAUGGAACAGGGGAAACGUUCUAGAAGGGCGAUUAAAACGAACAGAAGCGUGCUGCAGCUGUUAUUUACAAGGGAAAUCGUUGAUGGUGUUUAAAACAAAAAAAGGACAUAGACCAAGUCGUAGUAAAUUAAGUACGUGGACCGUGUUCCUUGCCGGACUGCAUCGUGUUCGAUCGUGCUCGAUGAGCAGACGAGUUCGAUCCAACGAAUCGCGGUAGUAUUUCCCAGAGCCACCAUGCGUUGUUUUUAUAAAUGCUUUAUCACGCACGGACGAACGGA